UGCAGUUUGUGGGUCUGAUUCUACACCUGAGGGUCAGGAUGGAGUGUGUUGCGUGGUGUGUGCUUGCGUGGCUGACAAUGUGGAUCUGGGUUCCAGGGCUCAGGAUGCUGUUGCUACGAGCUGUUCUACUGCUACUAGUCCUGCCCACUCACGGCCAGGACUCCGUGACAGAAGGGCCUGGAGUUCUGCUUCCUCUGGCCAAGGGGGCCUGCACAGUUUGGUUGGCAGGCAUCCCAGGGCAUCCUGGCCACAAUGGGACCCCAGGCCGUGAUGGCAGAGAUGGCACCCCUGGCGAAAAGGGUGAGAAAGGAGAUCCAGGUCUUGUUGGUCCUAAGGGUGACACUGGUGAAACUGGAGUAACUGGGGUUGAAGGUCCCCGAGGCUUUCCAGGAAUCCCGGGCAGGAAAGGAGAACCUGGAGAAAGUGCCUAUGUACACCGGUCAGCAUUCAGUGUGGGAUUGGAAAGCCGGGUCACUGUCCCCAAUAUUCCCAUUCGCUUUACCAAAAUCUUCUACAAUCUGCAAAACCACUAUGAUGGCACCACUGGAAAAUUCCACUGCAACAUUCCUGGGCUGUACUACUUCUCCUACCACAUUACAGUCUACUUGAAGGAUGUCAAGGUCAGCCUCUACAAGAAGGACAAAGCUAUGCUCUUCACCUAUGACCAGUACCAGGAGAAGAAUGUGGACCAGGCCUCUGGCUCUGUGCUCCUCCAUCUGGAAGUGGGCGACCAAGUCUGGCUCCAGGUGUAUGGGGAUGGGAACUCUUAUGGGCUCUAUGCAGAUAAUGUCCAUGACUCUACCUUUACAGGCUUCCUUCUCUACCAUGAUACCAACUGAUCACAACUAACUUAGAGCCUCCUCCAGGCCAAACAACCCAAAAGUGAAAGAACAGUCCAUGGGUUUUCAGUUAAGAGAUUAGUUUUGUUAUCCAGUUGGAGGGCUCUGAACAUUAUUCAUUCAUUUACUCAUUCAUUCAUCAAGUACCUUUUCAAAAAAAUCAUAUACUAUAUUCCCUGUCCU